UUAAAACCCUCCAUGCUGCGUCGCUUGCCUCGCCAUCGCCAACUCACCUUUCUCAACUCGACCGAGUCAAACCGGUUCAACUCCUUCACCGGCUCAGUUCACCGGUUCAAAUCUCUCCGCGCUAAAUAUUUCGUCGUAAUACCUACCAGAACUCAAAACUAUAAAUCAUUCUCAACAACCGGGAGCCGUACGCCGGCGAAAAUGGGCUCAAUUCCGAUGACGGCGUCGGUGCUGGAGGAUUUUGUUCACGUUGAUGGAGGAGAAAGUGCUAAUUCGAGUGUAGAAGGCUCGGAGGCGAGUAUUGAAGAUGUAACUUCGGCGAGUGUAGAAAUGACAGCAGGUGAAGGAUAUGAAAGGAAGGUUUUUCCGGAGGGAUUGUCGAGGAGUGUAAUGAAGCUCACUUGUGAAUCUUCUACGGACGCAGGCAUUUGCGAUGUAUAUGUUGUUGGCACUGCUCACGUUUCUGCGGAAUCCUGCCAAGAAGUUGAAGCAGUGAUCAAUUUCUUGAAACCAGAGGUUGUCUUCUUGGAGUUAUGCUCAGGUCGAGUGGGUGUACUCACACCUCAAGAAUUAAAGGUACCAACCAUGGGAGAAAUGGUGGAGAUGUGGAAGAAAAAUCAAAAUCCAUUUGGGAUACUGUACAGCUGGUUUCUCGCCAAGGUUGCUAGCAAGCUUGAGGUAUUUCCUGGGGCAGAGUUUCGUGUGGCGUAUGAUGAAGCAAUGAAGUACGGUGGGAAAGUGAUUCUUGGUGACCGUCCUGUGCAAUGUUUUUACCGAAGCCUGGAGAUCUCGUCAAAAUGGUAGGUUCCUUGCAGAAGAUUUUACGAGGUUGCCCCUCUCUGCAUAAAGUAAUAUUCUCCCCUUUUGUUUUUCUGGUUUUUCUUAUUAUCUUGAG